AGUCCAGGUGAUACUCUUCUCCAACAGGCCCAUAAUGAAGCUCCGAACGUAACUCAUCACUCAUCUCCGUACCAAAACCAACCAAACUGUCAUUUCUUCAUAUCGCCAUGGCUACUUAUCUCCAUCUCACUCACCUUCAACAUCUCUCCCCAAUAACCCCUCAAAACUCUAACUCCCCUCUCGUUUCACCAAUCCCGAGGCACUCCAUUUCGUUCCUUCACAGCCGUUGGAUCAAAACCACACACUCCUUAUCUACACGCUCUACCACACGAUCGUCUCUCGUAUCGGCUGAUGUUGUAACGGAGCAGACUAACAAGCCUACUCUCCGGGAGCUCUGUCAAGGUCACGUGCCUGAACACGUGCUGCGCCGCGGGGAAGAGGUCGGAUUUGUGCUACCUACGGAUGUCCAGGAGCAGGCUCUGCCAAUCCUGUUUUCUGGCCGUGAUUGUAUACUCCAUUCGCAGACAGGUUCAGGGAAGACCCUGGCCUAUCUGCUAUUGAUAUUCUCAGUUUUAAGCACUCGGAGGUCAACUGUGCAAGCACUGAUUAUUGUGCCCACCAGGGAGCUUGGCAUGCAGGUUACAAAAGUUGCUCGUACUCUUGCUGCAAAAAGUGGGGAGCCUGGAACUGAAGAGAAACCUUGCACAGUCAUGGCUCUUCUUGACGGAGGAACUUUGAGAAGGCACAAGAGUUGGUUGAAGGCGGAGCCUCCUACAAUAGUGGUUGCAACAAUGGGGAGCUUGAGCCAGAUGUUAAAUAAGAACAUUUUAAAGUUAGAAUCUAUAAGGGUUCUCGUAAUCGAUGAGGUCGAUUUCAUGUUUAAUUCUUCAAAACAAAUCAGUGCUGUUAGAAAGCUGCUAAAUAUGUACUCCGCGAACAUUCGUCAAACUAUUUUUGCCAGUGCAUCAGUUCCCCAGCACAACCGGUUCGUGUAUGAUUGCAUACAGCAGAAAUGGACCAAGGCUGAUGUUGCACACGUGCAUGUAAAUCCCAUUGAGCCAAUGCCAUCACGCUUGCAUCAUAGAUUUGUGAUAUGUGGUAAAAAUGAAAGGCAUGCAACCUUACUCUCGCUGGUGCAGUCUGACGCACCUCAGUCUGCCAUUAUAUUUGUUGGUGAGCAGUCUGAGAAGUCAAAAAAGGCUGGAAAUGCUCCACCAAUAACCACUUUAAUUGACCUUCUGAAGAGUUCACCUGCUGGAUGUUCAGAGAUUCUACUUUUGGACGAGGAUGUAAAUUUCAACUCACGAGCAGUGUCAUUAUCUGAAAUGAGACAAGGUGGUGGUUAUCUUCUGGUGGCUACAGAUAUAGCAGCUAGAGGAGUUGACUUGCCUGAAACAACCCAUAUAUACAACUUUGAUCUGCCAAAAGAUGCUGUAAGUUAUCUCCAUCGAGCUGGUAGGACAGGGAGGAAGCCUUUUUCUGAUAACAAAUGUGUUGUUACAAGCAUUUUAACUUCAGAAGAGCAAUUCGUGUUGCGGAGAUAUGAAAAUGAGUUGAUGUUUCAGUGUGAAGAGUUGUUUUUGUAGAUAUGAUUGUAAAUUAUUUUGAAAUUUUAGAUUGAAGCCGGUACGAGCAGUCACAGUUUUCUUUUUCCUACAACAAAUGCGCUGUUACAAGAAUUUCCAACUUCAGAAGAGCAAUUUGUGUUGAGAAGAUAUGAAAAUGAGCUACUGCCUCGGCAUGAAGAGUUUGUUAUUGUAGAUACAGUUGAGAAAUUUAUAUCAAAGUCCUGUUUAGAAACAGUUGUGAAUUUCCCUAUUAAUUUCAAUUAAAUAUAUUGUUAGCUUGUUUUUACUGCA